UGCAGCGAGAAUUUUCUCGAUUGCACGCACGUAAACGUAGAGCGUCAACGUCACAUCAGUGCGCGGUCUAUAUAAAUAGGACUGUGCAACGAAGCUGUUUCAAACUAAAACUAGGAGCGUUGAGCAUUCGUUUCGUAAUUUUCGCCGAAAAUGUCGCUUGCACCUUACUUCUUCGACUACGACCUCCCAAGAUGGCCGCGUCGGCUCCUUGACCAGAACUUCGGCCUGGCUUUAACACCAGAAGACCUCCUCACUGCAACCGCCAGCCCGGUCGUACCGAGAUACAGAUUUUUCUGGCCGAAAGACGCGGGCUCCUCAAUCAAACUCGAGAAAGAUAAAUGGCAGAUAAGCGUUGACGUUCAGCAUUUUGCACCUGACGAGAUAACUGUGAAGACAGCAGCUGGUUUUAUAGUUGUGGAAGGAAAGCACGAAGAGAAGCAGGAUGAUCAUGGAUUUGUAUCCAGGCAUUUUGUGAGGAAGUUUAAAAUCCCGGAUGAUACGAAUGCUGAUGCUAUAGAAUCAAGGCUUUCAUCUGAUGGUGUACUCACCGUAUUGGCGCCAAGAAAAGAGGAUACUCUUAAAGGUGAAAGGAAUGUUCCUAUAACCCACACGGGUCCGAUCAGGAAGGAAGUUCCGGAAGAUACUCUGCCAGAGAAGAAGUAAUAAGUGCGGUAAAGUUUGUGAUUGUGUUUUAUUUAUUUAAAAUUAUUAUAAUAUAACUGAUC